GUCGACUUGCCGUGUAAUGUGUUUCAUAGAAUAGUAUUCAAAAUACAUCCAGAAGUUAUUCAUGAUGUUAGCAUAUAACUAUUGUGUUUUUUUCAUGGUAUUAUCAUCCGUCCAUUUUAGUAUCACCGAUCCAUGCGAAGUUUUUACAAUAAAACUGGAGGAAUAUAUAACAGACAGCACAACGGUAUCGCUUAACGAUACAUUAAACAUCGAUAUAUCAUCAAUUACUGGUGCCUGUGAGGAACUGUUCAUCACCAUAGCAUCCGACCUCCCUGGUCCCGAUGACAAGAACGAAACGGCCAGUAUUGUGUACAGAAUCCCCAAAGAUGAACCAUCGAAUGUACCCUUAAUAGCUGGUAUCAUUGGAGGAGUUAGCAUUGGUGUAAUCGGUGCGACUGCUGGAGUUUUGAAGGCACUAACUUUUUUGAAGGCAGGAACUUAUUAUUUACCAGCUACGAACCCAUCGGAUGUUAUGCAAUUUAAAGAUUUAUAGAAUCCAAGGAAAUAAAUGAUGACGAACGACUUUCAAGAUAAAGGAACAAUCUAAUGCAAGCUGAAAACUAAAUUGAUUAAAGCAGCAAGUUAAUAUCAUGAUACAUCAAACACAAUUUAAAAGUCUGUUACUUAUUUGAAGUUUUCUUAUUUAUUUUAAGGCAUAUUUAUAUUAUACAUAAUAAGAAAUUAAUAGUAUGAUAAAGGGUUAAUCUAAGGUACUCACUCUAUUCUUUAAGAGCUAUUUAACU